CAAGAAGCGAAUGGCCAAUGCAAGUUGAGUUUGCUUAACCAAAAAUCCUCUGGCAUGAAAAUGGGAGUGGGGUUCUCUAAGGUGUUAACAAAGAAACCAGAGCAUGAAAUUCCCAUUAAUGCCUCCCCAGAUUACACUCCUCAACUGACCUACAAACAACCAAGGAAAAACCUUCUAAUUGCACCUCCACUUCCACUUCCUCCUCCUAAGCCUACCGAAUGUUGUUCACAAACAGAACCAGUUCUAGGGAAACCUUACGUUAAAAUAAAGCAAAUGUACGAGAUGAAGGAAGAGCUGGGAAGAGGAAAAUUUGGAGUGACUUAUCUGUGUGUAGAGAAGGCCACAGGACGAGCGUAUGCAUGCAAAUCCAUAGCAAAGAAGAAGCCGCCACAAGAAAUGGAGGAUGUGAGAAUGGAGGUUGUGAUUCUGCAGCAUCUUUCGGAGCAACACAACAUAGUGGAAUUCAAGGGAGCUUAUGAGGACAGGAAGAACGUGCACCUUGUCAUGGAGCUGUGUAGUGGGGGUGAACUCUUCGACCGCAUCGUUGCCAAAGGGAACUACACCGAGCGUCAAGCCGCCAAAAUCAUGAGACAGAUUGUGAAUGUGGUUCAUGUCUGUCAUUUCAUGGGUGUCAUGCAUCGAGACCUCAAGCCAGAGAAUUUCUUGUUCGCCACCAAGGACGAGGAUGCCCCAUUGAAACUCACCGAUUUUGGAUCCUCUGUCUUCUUUCACAAAGGUAAAGUAUGCACAGAUUUUGUUGGAAAUGCAUAUUACGUGGCUCCAGAGGUUUUGAAACGGAGUCAUGGAAAGGAGAUAGAUGUCUGGAAUGCAGGAGUCAUUUUGUACAUUCUCUUGAGUGGGGUGCCUCCAUUUUGGGCUGAAACUGAGAAAGGCAUAUUUGAUGCUAUUUUGGGAGGAAAGUUAGAUAUGGAUAGCGAGCCAUGGCCUUCUAUUUCAGAAGCUGCAAAAGAUUUGGUUAGAAAAAUGCUGACUUGCGACCCUAAGGAACGCAUUACAGCUGCUGAUGCCCUCGAACACCCUUGGUUGAAGGAAGGUGGUGAAGCAUCAGACAAGCUUCCAGACAGUGCUGUUUUAAUUAGGAUGAAACGGUUUAGAGCAAUGAACCAGAUGAAGAAGCUUGCUCUGAAGGUAAUAGCAGAAAAUAUUUCAGAGAAAGAAACAAAGGGCCUGAUACAAAUGUUCAACAAUAUGGAUACUGAUGGCAGUGGCACAAUCACAUUUGAAGAACUCAAAUCUGGAUUGUUUAGAUUGGGUUCCCUGGUUAAUGAAUCUGAAAUGAAGCAGCUAAUGGAUGCUGCUGAUAUUGACAAGAGUAGGACUAUUGACUACUUUGAAUUCAUUGCUGCCACUAUGGAUCGGCAUAAAGUGGAAAAGGAAGAGAGUUUGUUCAAGGCUUUUCAAUACUUUGACAAGGAUAACAAUGGUUACAUAACAAGAGAUGAACUUAGAGAAGCAAUAACUGAACACCAGGGAGAUGAAGCUGCUAUAGAUGAAGUCUUCAACGAUGUUGACUCUGACAAAGAUGGGAAAAUUGAUUAUCACGAGUUUAUGACCAUGAUGAAAAAUGAAUGCUAAAUAACAAUGACAACAAGAAGUUCAGCUCAUUGGCAUCAACUUUUUGUUACCUUGUGUAAUUUUUGCUUGCUGUCAGAGAUCGAAUCACUCUUGAAUUGAUCAACCUGUGCACUUUAUGUAAAAUUUUAUGCCACUUGAAACGCAAAAACCUUGUAUGGCUUUUUGUCUAGAAGAUGUAUAAACAAUGCAAAACUACAAGGAACCUGUAAUUCCAAUACCCACUUAUGCUAGCAUGAAAGUUGAUUCGUUUC